CUCCCAUAUCCUUUCAUGCUUGCGGCCGGUGCGGUUAUAAAAGCACUCAACACGCCUUCCAUUCAACGCUCUGCUUUCAAGAAGUUCAAACAAACCUGAACCUUGGGUUGGCUAGAGAGAGUUCUUUGAUCUUAAUCUUCCUUGGCCUCUGCUGUGAUCAACAUUUACUCAAUGGACGAGCAGUUUACUAUGGACAACAAGCAGAAACUUGUCUCCACAUUUCUUGAAAUCACAAUGAGCAAUUGUAGGGAUUCUGCUGCGAACAUCCUCAAGGAUGCAAGAUGGAAUAUUCAUGCUGCUAUUGAAUUAUUUUUUGAGCGUGAUGGUUCUCUUGGAGAAGCAACAACAUCGCAAUUUAAUCCUCAUUUCAAUUUAUUAUUUUCUGACAUUACACCAACUGGUUGGAGCUCAGAGGAUGAAAAUGACAUUGAUAAUGACACAGUGCGUCAUGAUUUUGAUGUUAUUGUCCACCAUCCACCCCUCGAGGAUGAAUAUGAAGUUGAAGAAGGUGAAGAACAUUCAAAUUUUAAUUCCGCAAUUCCCGCAACGGGUUGGGGCUCGGAGGAUGAAAAUGAGAUUGCUGAAUUUCAGGAACAUGUUGAUAACAAUGAUAGCUUAUUUCUUCUAGGUUAA